CACUCGGACAAAACAUUUGGAGUGAUGCGGAAGUGAUAACAUCCGCUUAAUAUAAAAAGUGUUACUAGCAGCGCUGUGGAAAACCAUGUGAAACGUGAACUGUGCGAUGCUGAUGUAGCUCUUUUCAUUUGAUUCGAAAGCAGCCCGCCCAGGCAGUUGCGCCCGUUUCAGGUGUUUGGCGCCAAGCUGCCCAUUUUGUCGUGGCUGAGAGACAAAUUGUUUAUCUUGUGUCAAGUGCUCGGAAUACACUGUCUCGCACCACCACGGCCCACAAGUGAAAGUUGUCGCCAACAAUUUUACGUUCCCAUCACCAGAGCCAACGCUAACGCCAUCGCCAUCGCCAUCACCGUCGCAAUUGUCGGUGUCUGUGUUGUUACUGGUGCUGUUGUUGUUGUUGUUGUUGUGCUUGUUGGUACUGUUGUUUUGUGGGUGCUGUCUGUGGAGUACUUAGUCGAACAGUCGAGCCUUUCGUAUUAUAGCGCGCGGUACUCUCGUGCUGGUCCAAAUCGGAUGAUACUACUUACUUCUUCCCCACGGGACAUCUAUACGUUGUUGUUUGUGCUUGCGGGCCCAAAAUUAAAAAGUGGACAGACAGUCUUCACACUUUGGCACCUCGUCGCAUGCAACUUUAAUCAAGCCUGAUUAAUUUCGUGGUUGUGCAAAUUUAUACUGCGGUUGAAUAAAAUAUGAAAUAAAUGCUGGCAGGCCCUCUACUGCCCAAGCUGGCUCCAAAAAGUGCAAAUCAUAACUGAGUGUGUGGGUGCAGCGUAAUUGAGAAAUAUAUGUCAUCAACGUAACACCAUUACCCAAUUAAUAUUGAAUACAUAUUACAAUCUGAUUAAGCGAGUUACUUUGUCUACUUGCAGCCAAAUCUAAACAUUUGAUUACAAAAUGGAAGGCAAGUCCAGUCUUAAUGUACCAGAAGAACGUCAUAGUACGAAAAGUUCAGAGAAACUCAAAAUGCUAGACAUUACGCGAGACAAGCCGGUUAAGGUCGCUGUUAAAGUGGCAGUUCCGGUGCGCGAUCAUCCCAAGUUCAAUUUCGUUGGCAAGCUACUGGGACCAAAAGGCAACUCAAUGAAGCGACUGCAGGAGGACACAAUGUGCAAAAUGGCUGUGCUGGGGCGCGGCUCGAUGAGGGAUCGCCGGAAGGAGGAGGAGCUGCGAGCCAGUGGAGACAGCCGAUACGCCCACCUCUUUGAGGACCUACACGUGGAGAUUUCAACAUUCGCGGCCCCGGCCGAGGCACACGCGCGCAUUGCCUACGCCCUGGCGGAAGUGCGACGGUUUUUGGUUCCGGACUACCACGACGAGAUCCGGCAGGAGCAGAUGUGGGAAAUGCAAGCUUUGACGUCCACGCCCACACUCAGCCACCUCGAUGACUCGCAAAGCCCCACCAACCGAGGUCUGGGCGGCGGCCUGGCCGACAUGGACACAUCGAACGACGACAAAUCGGACAACGAGGCGAGCGUCAGUGGCAUGGAUUGCAUUUCACCCGACAAGCUGGACUGCAGCCAGUCCUGUAACAGCAACGAACACCAUCAGCCCACGCACUUCCAUCAGCUGCUUCAGGCACAUGGUCAUAGCCAUGGCCAUGCUCAUGGACAUGGAGCUGCCACAGCAGUAGCUGCUGGUCUAACAGGCGGCUGUGGGGAUCACAUGCCUGGACAAACACCAUCCGCGGCGGCAACGGCUUUGCAUACCACGGCUAUGGCGGUCGCACUGCAGCAUCAACUGACAGCCGCUGGCAUCGGCAUUGGUGGUCUGCUGAAGCCAGCCGCGGGCACAGGUGCGACCAUGGCGGGCUUGCCCUCCACACAACCCAAUGCCAGUGGCCUGCAAAUGCCCGGAGACGCCGAUCCCACCACAUCAGCAUUAACACUACUCGACCCACCUGGCACUCUUUUGCACCCCGCACUACGCAGCGUCAAGGCAAUUAACAUAGGUAGUGGAUUGGGCCGAAAGCGACCGCUUCUGGGCGUCCCGCGCACCGGCAUGAAUCCCACAAAGCGCACAGUAAUGAGCCUCCUAGCACGCGCCAAAAACUCGCAGUCCUUGCAUUCCGUACGCAGUCCGGUAGUCACCACCGCCAGCUUCGCCGAUCCCAUACAAAUGCUGGCCUCGCCAUUCAUAAUUCCACACCAGACUGUGGAUCAGUCGAUCAUAGCAUUGCCCAAGGAGAGUCUAGCCCAAGGCGUUUAACACUACGACUUCUACAAGCCGCGCACUGAUGGUCCAACCUGACCGACUACGAUUUGCCCCGCCUCCUUCUUUUAAAGACACAAAAUAAUUAAGCUAACGAACGAACAAGACACCAUUUUUGAAAUACAAUAAAAGUCAAAUGGAAUCGAA